AACACACUCAACUUCUACUUCCUACUCACGCACACACACACAGAGGUGCUGGAACUUUUGUGUUCGUUGGACACGCUUCCUCUUCAGACAGAGUCCAGCUGUCAACAGCUGUCGGUCCGACUCGCCUCUAAUCAGUUAAUGAGCACGUGACCACAUUCCGCGCUCCUCGAGCUCCUGGACCGCUUCCCGGACCAGCGGCACCGGCUCCGUGGCUCCCCGAGAUUUACAGCCACGAUCGGUCCGUGGAUCACCGGUCCGCUCUAGGACGGAGAACUGGAGUUCGGUUCCGUUUGACCCGCUCCGCCCCGCCUGGAGCGGAUCCGCCCACACGCCUGACACGCAGCUGUCGAAGCAGGAGGGGUUCGACCCGUCCGAACAGAGCCGAGGAGCCCGUCCUGCCUGCGGCCAUGCCGUCGAGCUUCUGCACCUUCGUCUUCCUCCUCAUCGGAGCCGCUGCCGUCUCUCCAGCCAUCAGUCAGUCCAGCGACCCGACAGAACCCAUGUGCUACGACUGGGGCGUGUCCAGGGAGGCGGUGUCGGUGGUGGAGGGCCAGCCCGGUUGGCUGUCCUGCCCUCUGUUCUCCCACCCGUCCGUCUACAACUACACCUCCAGCCAGAACACGGGUCACAACCUGUUCUGGUACCGCGUGCCCGAGGGCCACGACCUGGAGCAGCCCAUCUCACUCAGCUCACGGAUCAGCAAGGACCGAGAGAGACUGUGGCUGCAGCCGGCCAGCGCCGCCGACGCCGGCCAGUACAUCUGCAUGCUGCGCAACAAGUCGUCCUGCAGUAAGAUCACCAUGCACCUGGAGGUUCUACCCGGCGGGGCGGCGCUGGGAGACAGGUGUCCGCCCCAGGGAGCGGUGGAGCCCGCUCAGGUGGUCAUUCCCAUGCAGGAGGAUAAGCGUCUGCACUGUCCACAUCUGCAGGACGCCGCCAAGAUGGCCGACGGCGAGCCCAGCGUGGCCUGGUACCACGUCAGGGACGGCCCGAGGUGCGACCCGUAUCCGUUCUGGAACAGCGACCGGCAGCAGGUGGGGUCCAGUCUGCAGGUGUACGUGAUGCUGAUCCAGUACCAGGGCAUUUACCUGUGCACAGUGAGCUACCUGAGAAAGGGGCGGAGCCUGAGCUUCACCAGGAGCAUCAACGUCACGGCAGUGUAUCCGUCUAUUUUGCCUAAAGAACCCAGCAUCCUCCAACCCAACAGCAACCAGGUGUUCACUGUGAAGCUAGACACGGAGGUGCGCCUGAAGUGCACAGGUCUCUUCCCCUACCUGGAGUCUGGGACCUGGGACAUCUGGUGGACAGUUGAUGGGAAGACGGUGGACCAACUUGCUGAUCACCGGUUCUCCAAAGACAACAGACAGGUGAAGUACGACUUUGGGGACCGGACCGAGGAGAGUCUGCUGAUCAUCCAGAGGUUCCAGGUGGAGGACCUGAGGAAGGAGUACAACUGCUCUGUGAGGAACGCCAGAGGCUUCGACACGCGCCGAGCUCAGCUGCAGGAGGAAGCGUCUCUGCCGUCGGUGGAGCUGGGCUGGGGUCUCGGCGUGACCCUCGUCCUCAUGCUGCUUCUCUUCGUCGUCUAUCACGUCUUCUGGCUGGAGCUGCUGCUGCUCUAUCGCUCCUGGUUUGGCUCCGACGAGCGACACACGGACGAUAAGGAGUACGACGUGUACAUCUCCUACGCCAGGAACAGUGAGGACGAGCACUUUGUCCUGUCCACGCUGCGCAGCGUCCUGGAGAACCAGCUGGGUUACUCUGUGUGCAUCUUUGACAGAGACAGUCUGCCAGGAGGGACCAUCACUGAUGAGACUCUGAGUUUCGUAGCUCGCAGCCGGCGCCUCCUGGUGGUGCUGAGCCCAGGCUACGCCUCCCAGGGCUCCCAGGCUCUGCUGGAGCUGAAGGCUGGCAUCGACAGCAUGGCACGGGGCGGGCACCUGCGGGUGAUCCUGGUCCAGUACAAGCCGCUUCUAAGGAAGGGCUGGGUCAAGGAGCUGAGGAGGGCCCGUGUGGCGCUGACUCUGGUCCGAUGGAAGGAGCACAAGUCCAGUGAGCUGACGUCCCGCUUCUGGAAGAGGUUGAGGGUGGAGCUACCUGUGAGGAGGGUGAGCAGCAAGAGCGAGAAGGAGGAUGCAGCUCUGUUGAGGCUGCACAGCCAGAACAGCACACACUCCCAGACGGGCCUCCUCAUCAGCGCCACCAAGUGCCCCGAGACAAUGUUCCGCUCCGUGGUGUAGCCAUGGGAGGAUCCACACAUGGAGCCAACAGACCUCCACGUUUGCUCCAGCUCCGGGGUUGGAGACAUUUCUCACAUUUUCCACUUCAGUCAUCAUUGCUGAACCAUUACCAUGAAUCAUGCUUCAUUUGCACCUUAUCUCUGUGUGUUUGAUGUUUAAAAGCUUGUGAAGAACUGGCUCAGCUGGAACUGGGUUGUUGUGCAUCUUCGGGCAUUUUUGAGUCAAGUCAGUGUUGUAGAUUUUCUUAAUAAAAAUUAGUUUUGAAAAAUG